UUUAGGCACCUCCCCCCACUGCUCUGCUCUUCAGUGGCCAAACCCCCUUGUGGCAAUCCAAAAUUAAUGCUCCAUCCGCCCCUGCAUCUCUCACCACUCUUCUGAUCUGGUCCCCUUCCGUUUCUGAGCUGAUCGCACGUAGGGGUAGCUGACUCGGGUGGGUAAGCGUGGAUGGGAAUUCAGACAAUGGCGUCCCACGGCGACGGCGCGCUCUCGCGGCAGGGCACGGUGUACAGCCUCACGCUGACCGAGGUGGAGAGCCACCUGGGCGAGCCGCUGCGGAGCAUGAACCUGGACGACCUCGUGCGCACGGUGCUCCCGGCCGCUGAGCCGCGCGCCGCGGCGAUGGCUGGCAAGAGGACGGUGGACGAGGUAUGGCGCGACAUCCAGAGCGCCAGCAGCGGCCGGCAGCCUACCAUGAGCGAGAUGACGCUGGAGGACUUCCUCUCCCGCGCCGGCGUCGCCGUCGACGGCGGUGCGGGCUGCGCUGGCCCGCAUUGGCUGCACCAGUACCCGCCGCAGCAGCACUACGUGGGGGCGCGGCCACCGCUCGGGGCGCCGGCGCUGGACGCCGUGUACCGCGACGGGGUCGGGGUCGGUGUUUUCCUCUCGCAGGUGGCCGGCCGGAAGCGCGGCGCGGCGGCGGCGGCCGGCGACGGCGUGGUGGAGAGGACGGUGGAGCGGCGGCAGAAGCGCAUGAUCAAGAACCGCGAGUCCGCGGCGAGGUCCCGGGCCAGGAAGCAGGCGUACACCAACGAGCUCGAGAACAAAAUCGCGCGGUUGGAGGAGGAGAACGAGCGUCUCAGGAAGCUCAAGAUGCUGGAGCCACUGGAGCCGCCGCCGGAGCAUGAGCGCCGGCCAGUGCCGCAGCCGGAGCCGAAGCAGCAGCUCCGGCGAACUAAUUCAGCCACUUUCUGAGCGGCCAUAUGUUGAUAGUGAAAACUCUCUAGGGCGUGGCGUUUGUACUUGGAUUUCUCUGAACGAAGGAAGGAAGGAACUCUCUGUCUGCAGCA